AAGCUCACAAACUCAGUUACACAAUCCAUCCUCUCACUUGUCAAACGAGUGUGUACGUACAGCUGGCAGCAGCCUACUAAUCCCAAUCCCAGUCUUUGCUUCCACAUUGCGAUCAUACGCAGUCAGGCCCUGAUCAAUCAAUCAAAAAUAAAAUCACAGCAGACAGACUUGCAAAAGUGUCAGACCCCAACAGACACAUAUAAAAAAAUCCCCUUGACCUGUGCAAGAGGGUGAUUCGGCGGUAAAUGUGCGCGCAUAUAUGAGCAUGGUACAAAACCCUUCACAUACUUCGAGUUUGCCGUGUGCGGGUGGUAAGUCUCAUUCUUCCGCAAACAGAGCAUCUUGAUGAUCCUACAAAUCAAGCAUCCACAAAAUGAAGAGGGCAAUCAAUACAUACGGAGAUGGUGUGCUAAUAAACCGAUUGUUGCCUUGUGCAUUGUCAAAGCCAGGGAUGAAUGUGCAGAGGCUGCAGAUCCAUCCCUGACCUUGCCCCUACUUGUAACAACCAGCCCAGCAGUCACAGCAGAUGGUCUGCUCGGCCUAAUCUACCCCCAGUCAGUCAGUCCUUCCCAUCUGUACGGCAUACUGCAUUGUCAGAACAGUGCUUCAGCCACAGGCUGCUACUACAUAAUCUUAAUCCAUCCCGGUCCUUGAACUGGUAACCACUGAGAGCUUGCAAAAAGGGUCCUGUCCAUGGCAGUAGGCUCUGCUCGCAUGGGCAGCCCGAGACACAUUCAAGCGCCCCCCGGCAUCUGCCUCCUGCCACAAAUCCAAAGUGCACACAGAACAGACGCCCAGUUCUGCUGGC